GAGGCUGAAUCUUUCUCGGCCGGGCAGGGAGGAGCCUCUGGGCUGGGCCGGCAGCGGCAGGCAAGGAUGAAGGCGCUGAUCUUGGUGGGUGGCUACGGCACCCGAUUGCGGCCUUUGACGCUCAGCAUCCCCAAGCCGCUUGUGGAGUUUUGUAACAAACCCAUCCUGUUGCAUCAAGUGGAGGCCUUAGUGAAGGCAGGUGUAAACCAUGUGAUACUCGCAGUCAGCUAUAUGUCAGAAUUGCUAGAGAAGGAAAUGAAGGAGCAGGAACAAAAGUUGAGCAUACGUAUUUCCCUGUCACAUGAGAAGGAACCACUGGGCACAGCUGGCCCACUGGCACUGGCUCGGGAGCUAUUGAAUGAGAAUUCUGAGCCUUUUUUCGUACUCAACAGUGAUGUGAUCUGUGACUUCCCAUUUACAGACAUGGUGCGCUUCCACAGGCAUCAUGGCAAAGAGGGCACCAUUGUGGUGACAAAGGUGGAGGAGCCCUCAAAAUAUGGUGUGGUGGUGUGUGAAGCUGAUACUGGGCGCAUACACCGCUUUGUGGAGAAACCCCAGGUUUUUGUCUCCAAUAAGAUCAAUGCUGGCAUGUACAUCUUCAACCCAAGUGUGCUCGAAAGAAUCCAGCUGCAACCUACCUCGAUUGAGAAGGAAAUCUUCCCAGUGAUGGCAGAGCAAGGACAACUCUAUGCCAUGGAACUACAGGGGUUCUGGAUGGACAUUGGCCAACCGAAAGAUUUCCUGACGGGCAUGUGCAUGUAUCUGCAGUUUCUGCGGCUGAAGCAGCCGGAGCGGCUGCACUCAGGGCCAGGUUUUGUGGGGAACGUACUCGUGGACCCAACAGCCAAGAUCGGAGCAAACUGCAGUAUCGGCCCCAAUGUCACUAUUGGAGCAGGUGUGGUGAUAGAGGAUGGGGUUCGGAUCAAGCGUUGCACUGUCCUGAAAGAUUCGCGCAUCCGUUCCCAUUCUUGGCUUGAGUCCUGCAUUGUUGGCUGGAGCUCCUCUGUAGGCCAGUGGGUGCGGAUGGAGAACGUGACUGUACUCGGCGAGGAUGUCAUUGUGAAUGAUGAACUCUACCUCAAUGGUGCGAAUGUGCUGCCUCACAAAUCCAUUGCUGAGUCCGUGCCAGAGCCACGCAUCAUUAUGUAGCGAUUCUGGGAUUUUAGUGCUGGACUA